UGCGUAAUAGAACCUUCAAUUUCUCUCAAACGUCAAAAACGUCAAAAUUGAUGGGAUCAGAAAUAAAUUCUUAAUUAAUUAAUUAAAAUAGUAGGAUGGCGGGAGCCAAACUCCAGGACGAUAUAAACAAUAUUCCUCUAGCUGACGACGACCCUCAAGUAAUAAUAAACGAUGAGCCCGAGCAAAAUUCCAUGUCGGACGGCAAUUCAUCUAGUAUGAUUCAUGGUAGAAGCAUGGAUUCAAUUCAGUCAACAUUCACAAACGGCAGCUCUAGUCCCCAACACAACAGUUUAGAACCUGACACAAGUCCAGAUGAACAAGAGGAGAAAGCUCGUCUGAUAUCUCAAGUUUUGGAGUUACAAAACACCCUCGAUGAUUUGUCACAGAGGGUGGAUAGUGUUAAAGAAGAGAAUCUUAAAUUACGAUCUGAGAAUCAAGUUUUGGGCCAAUACAUUGAAAACUUGAUGUCCGCUUCUAGUGUUUUUCAAUCAACUUCACCAAAAAUUAAGAAGAAGUAAAUUGAGUUAAACUGCGCUAAAUUUGAUUGGUAUUAGGUUUUAAAUGUUUUGUGAAGUUUAGUUGAAGCUACUGCACAAUGCUUUCAUAAUAUCAGAUAAGCACCAAGCAUUUUAAUCUGUGAUUAUUUGUAAGUAUAUUUCUUUUAAACACUGAUCAUGAGCAAAUAAACCAAGGCAUAAAUUUAUUGAAUGUUAUAUGUAAUGUAUGAUAUACUAUUUAUAAAUUAUUCUAGUUAAUUGCUUAAAUUCAUAGUUUUUGUCAUAAAUAAAGUGCUGACUUUAAA